UAAUGACAAUAAUAUUGUCUAGUUAAGGGCCACUAUUUUGGAGCCAAAUUUAAAUUUCUUGAAAUGGGUACUCUUUCUCCAGCUGAAUCUGGCGAAUUUAUUGUAAAAAAUGCCAAAUUUCUGAAGAUCAACGAACAAGGAAUCAAAACUUUAGUGAAAGAAGUUAUAACCGGUGUUCGAACGAAGUUAAUUGAUGUAGAUAAUUUCUCUCAGCAUGAAUAUCACCCGAAAUCAACGGAUAUAUUUGCCACUAAUUGGAUUUUUCUGGUUGAUACCCUAAAUUUUUGCUUUUGGACCCCGGGUAAUGCAACUAAGUGGAAAGUCGAAGGUCAAACCGGCUAUUUUGCACUAUGUGCUGCCGUGAAUCGCGCUUUGAAAGAUGGAAUUAAUAUUACAAAUCCUACAUUUUAUUCAAAAAUCACACUUCCCGAACUUGAACAGAUUCUCCGUUCUGAUGAUGGCCAAACAAAGGUUCCGCUUUUACAAGAAAGAGUACAAUGCCUUCACGAAGUUGGCAAAACAUUGUUGCAAAAGUAUGAUGGAAAGUUUGAGAACUGCAUUAAAGCAUGUUCGAAUUCUGCUGGUGAGCUUCUAAAAUUAAUAGUAGACGAAUUUCCUUGCUUCCGAGACGAGGCUGAGUACAAUGGUCAGCAAGUAUCAAUCUACAAAAGAGCUCAAAUUUUGAUCGGAGAUGUAUGGGCAUGCUAUCGAGGAAAAGAUCUGGGAUAUUUCAGUGAUAUCGAUCGGAUUACAAUGUUUGCUGAUUAUCGAGUACCUCAGGUUUUAGUUCACUUCAAAGCCAUUCAAUACAAUGACCAAUUGAUGACACUUCUGAAGACGGAUAAACUUCUAACAAAUGGUUGCCCGGAGGAAGUUGAAAUUAGAGGAGCUUCUAUUUAUGUAGUUGAGCGUCUUAAAGAGAUGGUAAUUGCGGAGCUAAAAGCAAACCAUCCGGAUAUUUCGGUUAAACACGUAAAUGCUGUUUUGUUAGACCACUUUCUGUGGGACUACCGGCGUAAACAUGCCACAGAGCUGGAAUACAUUCCCUUUCAUAAAACUGUUAGCGUUUAUUACUAACAAAAAGCAUAAUUUGAUGUUAAAUGGGUUUUGAGAAUAAAGGUUUUUUUUUAUUGGGAGUACAA